AUGGCCUCCGACGCUUAUCCAAGAAUUGCUGCAAGAUUAAGAAUAGGGGGUGAAAUAGAGAGGGUGAAUGGGAAAGAGAUGAGUUACAGUGGGUUUGUGGAGAGGUACAUGGAGAAGAACCAGCCUGUGGUGAUCACAGGUCUCAUGGAUGAUUGGAGGGCUUGCAGAGAUUGGGUCACACUUGAUGGCAAGCCUGAUCUUCAGUUCUUCGCUGCCCAUUUUGGAAAAUCCAAAGUCCAGGUUACGGAUUACGGUACGAGAGAGUUUACGGAUCAGCAGAGGUUAGAGAUGACUGUUGGAGAAUUCGUUGAGCAAUGACAUGGGGAUUCCGAGCAGGAGAAUGGUACUGCUCCGAGUCAGGCAGCUGGGAGCAAGAUGUUGCUGUAUUUGAAAGACUGGCAUUUUGUAAAGGAGUACCCAGAAUAUACAGCAAACACAACUCCGAUGUUCUUUUGUGAUGAUUGGCUCAGUGCAUAUCUUGAUAAUUAUCGUAUGCGUAACGACACCAACAUGUACUCAGAAAUUAACGACAUAAGCUGCUCUGACUACCGAUUUGUUUACAUGGGAGCAAAAGGAACAUGGACUCCACUACAUGCUGAUGUUUUCAGGUCAUAUAGUUGGUUAGCAAAUGUAUGUGGAAAAAAACAGUGGCUUUUCCUGUCUCCUUCUCAAACUCAUCUGGUGUUUGACAGGAAUAUGAAAAACACUGUGUAUAAUAUCUUUGAUGAUGUCAGUGAAACAAAGUUUCCCGGUUCUGCAAAGGCUAUCUGGUUGGACAGCAUUCAAGAACAAAAUAACAUUAUCUUUGUGCCUAGCGGAUGGUAUCAUCAAGUCCAUAAUUUGGAAGAUGCCAUUUCAAUAGACCACAACUGGUUCAAUGCUAAUAAUCUUCAUUGGGUGUGGGAUUUGCUUUUGAGGGACUACAAUGAAGCUAAGGAGUACAUAGAAGACAUUAAGGAUAUAUGUGAUGAUUUUGAAGGUCUCUGCAAGCGCAACCUUGCCGUUAACACAGGCAUGAACUUCAAUGAUUUCUUAACAUUCCUAGCACGCUUUUCCUUUGCGAACGUGAUUCAACUUCAGUAUCUCCAUAGGAAGAAUGAGAAUGAAAAUCAGAACUUAUCCCCAGUAACUCAGCAUUUCACUUUGAACCUCUUAUCGAUUCAGAAAAUUGCAUCCAGCAUACGCUCCUUGCAAGAUCUGACAGGAAGUCAUUUGGAUUUUAGGGAAACAUUAAACGAUCCUGGAUUCAUUAACUUUUCUGCAGUUUUGGGGAAGACAUAUGGGACGCUCCAUGUGCAACAAAACAGGAAUUUCGAUAUGAAGAAAGCUUGGACAAAAGAUAUGAAAGACUUGGGCGUUAUAGGAACUUGUAAUUAUCAGGUCUGUACUCCCAAAGAUCUUGUAACGUUUAUAGAGUAUGCUCUUGCAGAAAGCAAUGGUGGUUGAAUUGCCAAACAUUUCUAUCCAUUUGAUCUGCAAUAGUAUUAACAGUUCCAUGAGAAGAGAUAUUCCGCUACUAGAUGUGCAUUGUAAUCAUAUUCUCAAAAAUGUUAUGGCGGUGUAUAGUUGUGAUCUUUUGUGGCUUGCAUGCCAUGAUCAUAAGUCUGCCUGAAGCACUGCUUCUUUGCUUAUAAAGGUUUAAUUUUUGGUGUGAGAUCCUAAGAACAUGAAUGGUGGUUACGAAGGCCACAGUAUUUGCGUCUGAAGUUAUACUGAUCCUCUAUUUGUCAUCAUGCUAACUCAAUGUAGUUGAUCCGCUGUAGGUGAAUCACUUCUCGGGUUCCUCUUUGGACGAGAGAACUACUAUCCUUCUAAAUUUUAAAUAAAUCC